CAUUUAAUACAAGAACCCAUAAACCCCUCUGUCACUUAGAUUGCCCAUCAAGAAACCUCAAUUAAUUUCUGGAAACGUUUUUGCGAAUCCUUCACACAACUAUAAAUACUGGAGCAAUUCGCCCUGUUCCUUAAUAUUGAUUCAUUGAACUCCCCAACCCGAAAAACCCUGAAAAUCCAGACCAAACCAAUCCACCACGAACCGAUUUCGGUCCCCCGAAGAAUAAUUCGGACGGAAUUGGUGUGCAUCAGUUCUAGAUCCAAAAUCCCCGACCGACCCGAACCGAUUUCACCCCUGCUCUUCCUCAGCUACUUGUUGAAAGAAGAGAUGGGUUUGACUUGGUUUCUUAAUUCUGCACACACUUUGGUUUCUGGGCACUCAACUCAUGAUGUCAGAAAUCAGACACAAGAAGCUGCUCUGAGCUUCGAAAUCACAACAAAGGGUGUGGUGCCUGAAGGGUUCCAAAUGCCUCUUCACUAUCCCAGGUACAAAAGGGAAGAUUAUGAGAAGAUGGAGGAGUUGAAGAUUGACUUGCUUCUCAGAGAAUAUGGGAUUGGUUUCAAAGGUAGCCUUGAAGAAAAAAGGAAUUUUGCCAUUGGAGCAUUCUUGUGGCCUGAUCAACUUUCAUAAGCUCGUUUUCAACCUCCAAUUCCAUUAAUGUCGCGCAUUAAGUGAGCUUUUUGGUUCGGAUUGGUCUCGUAGUUUUAUCGUACUCAAAAUAAACCUCGAUCAUGUAGUGUCGUUUUUUAUGCACUUUGUUGUACGUACUUGGUUUUCGUGUCUGUUAUUUUGCUUUUGUGUACCUUUUAUCCAUCCAAAAACUCAGAAAUGUGCUGCCAUGAGGCCUUGAUCCCAGGGAAUUUUGCCCUGAAUCUUUGAUAGUAUUAAAACAACAGGGCACUUAUAAGUUUGAUUGACC